CCACAGACCAUUCUGAUCUCACUCGCUAAACAGUUUCUUUUUGAAAUUUUUUUAUCACUGAUGGCUUUCGUCAAAACUGCGUCUCUUUUUAAUUUUCCCGAAGUCGAUUUGCCUAUUAUUGUUACUCAUAGAGGACAGCAAAUCACCGGUAGAGUUUCUUCUAAGGCAUUGUGCCUAGCGAGCCCCGUCCUUGAGAAAUUCAUCUAGUGAGUACUCUAUUGAGGGUUUAUUUAUCCUCUACCCCCUCCCCCCUUCCUUUGUAUUUCGUUCAAGAUAUCUUUACAAACGUUCAUAUUGGGGUUUUAGACUUUCACCAGUGAUGACUGUCGGACUUUCUGAAAAGAGCGUUAAAUCUGAAACUUUACAGUCCUACCUUCGGUCGGCUUUCACCAGCAAAGAAUGAACCACCAGUAACGUGUACGGGACGAGGAAAAAGCCAGACAAAGUCCGGUUUGGAGGAGACACCAGCAAUAAUCGCCGAAUCAGUCGGACAGAAUGAAUGUGUGGACUGCGACAUCAUAGGAAAUGGCGUGAAGAAUUGUAAAUUGGCCUCGACAAAGUCAAAUCAGGAAGUUGCGCCAGGAUUGAUGUUUGGGGGGCAUAUUGACUUUCAAGAAGACAACGCGGAGUCUUUACGACUAUUGUUCCAGAUCGCGCACUUUCAGUUCAACAAGGUUCCCUUGAAGCUGCAAUUUGAUACACUAAUCGGGAUAGCCCACUUAUGCGAGAUUUAUCAGUGUGUUCAAUUAGUUCUACCGUGGUUGGACAGCUGGUUAGAGGGUGGGAUAAAAGAGUGUGCGGAGGCUGGGAAGGAGGAAUACCUGUUUAUUGCAUGGUCUUUCGGUAGAGCUGAUUUGUUCACGGAAUGCGCAAACAAUCUCAUCAAUGAGGUCUAUCUGAUCGACGGGUUACCAGCGGUAAAUCGGGGAUUCGUCAGAUAUUUGGACGACAUUGAAGGAUUACCACCAAAGGCCAUCGGUGAAUUUGUUCCGUCCACAAGAAUCUUUGCUAGUUUACUCAUAUAA